CCCCAUUUUUCUCAUGCCUCCACCUAUGAACUAUGAUGCUUUUGCUGUCCUGUACAGCUCUGUGGAUAUGGAUAUCCUGUCUGUUCACUUCCUCCAUUACUAGUCGCCGAAGUAUGACUGUAUAAGGUUAUUUUGCUAAUUUGGUACUGAAAUAUUGAUGCAUCGAUGCCUUCGUGCUUGCUGGCUACUUGGCUGUAUGUGAGCCAUAUUUCUGUGCUUGUAUGCUGGACGCAGGCAUAGGCGCGUAGUUUUGUUUGUCAAACUGUCACUUGCUGCUACUGUUGGUUGGUGCUUGGUAUUUUGGCAGUAUGGUGUAUUCUUUUGUACAUAUGUGCCAUAUUAUUCGUUGAGAUGCAAAUACUGAUUACUCUGCGAUGUCUUUCUACAUGUUUCUAUCUAUUGACUGCAGUAUUUAGAUUUAUUGCUAAAUACUCCCUCUAAUUAGUGUAAAAAACGCUCUUAUAUUAUGGGUAUACUACCUCCGUCCGGGUUUUUAGGUCCCCUCGGUGCCGCACGCUCGUACCACAUUUACAGGGCCGCUCCCUCGGGCGCCAUGCAAAAAGUGAAGGCGCUGCGUCUUCCCAAAGCGCAAUCAAUUCAAAGCUGCUGGCGUAUAGCUUGCAUGCAGAUGGGCUAUUACUAAUACUACUCCACCCCGCAAUACUAGUACUCCACCCCGCAGAAGCACGAACAGACGCGAGCGCGACCAGCACGCCGCGGCCACCCACGCGACAGCUUGCGAGCAUGCCGCCGCGACCGAAGACGGAGAAAACGGGGCUUCGCCGCCGCCGGCGAGAGGAUGCGCUGCAUCACGUCGUCCAUACUGCGGCGGAGGUAGGCGUGGACGACGUGGCGCUGGCGCAGCACGCCGUCGAGGUCGAUCCUAACGCGGAGACCCAGGCGGGGCGGGGCUUGGAUGCGCCGCCGCCCGACCUCGUCGUUGGUGGGCACGCAGAGCUCGGCGUCGACGAUGGGGCGCUUGUCGAGCAUGGCGUCGAGGUCGAUCCUGACGCGGAGACCCAGGCGGAGCUCGGCUUGGAGGUGCCAGCGCACGCAGAGCUCGUCGUUGGUGAUGCGACUCGGGGUAGUCAGGGCAUGGGUCCGGACCUUGGCGCGCUGCUGCACAAGGUGGAGGCUCUCAUGAACGACGUUGAUGCGCUCGUCGACGCGGUCGCAGCGUUCGUCGACCGGGUCGCGGGUAUGAACGGCAUGGAGGAGGAGGAUGGCUUCGCUGCGUUGCUUGACGCGGUCGUGGAGUUCGUCGGCCGGGUCGCGCGUGUCCGUGCCAUGAAGGAGCGCUUCGCUCGGCCAAGAUCGACAGGGUCUGUGGGCAAUGGCUUUCCUCGGCCAAGAUGGAUGUUGGCCUUGGAUGAAGAAGAAGUGAUAAUAACACCUGAAAUGCUAGGUUCGUGCACGCGCCCUGGUCUUGAUGCAAUGAUGAACUAUAUGAAGAGGCAGCUGGAAGCAAUUGAAAAGAAAAAACAAAAGGAAGAGAUGUGAAACAGGAUGGUAGCAUGAGAGUUGACCUGUUUUAAGUUUGAUGAUUUUGCAUGUAAGACUGAAUAUUUGCAUGCAUCUGCAUGUUGGACUUUUCGCAUGAAUGAUGGAAGCUUGGUUUGCCGUCCGAAGUAUUUAAAUUUAA